AUGGAAGAAUCACCCGAGCGUCAGGGUCCGGAGAUCCUCCGUCCCAUUCCCCGGAGACCUUUCCGGCUGGCCUUCACAUCUCCCACACCUCCCGAAGAAGAUUCGGCACCCCCAAGUGCAACUCGAACACCAGGCAUCACGGCCUCCGACCUUGCCUUCCUCGACAUUCACAACAACCCCAGCCAGGCGUCGAGAAACCCUAGCACCAUCAGCCGCGCCACCUCGUUCAUGAACCUCACCGGUUCUACACUCCUAGGGAUCUACUCCCCGUCUCUGACACCAGGCAUAAAAGGAGACGCCGUCGAUACCCCCUCAUGGGACAACAACACAGGCGGACAAACCCCUGGCACUCUACAGUCCCCAGACCCAGGGGACAUCGAUGAGCGAACCCUCACGCUGAUCAAGAAGCGAAGAGACAGCAGCAGCCACAUCAACAGAGAGCACAUCCAAAACUCGAUUCGAACCUCGUACUUCCCCUCUUUAGCCCCCACCGCCGACCUCGAACCCCCUUCCCAAGCAUACAUCAUCUUCUCCAUGGCCCUCCGCGCCUCUUUACUCUUCGCCCUCGGCCUAGGCUACGGCGUCCUCGUCACCCGCCUCCCCAGAGCGCAAAACUUUGAUCCCCAACAACCCCCCACCACCUCGGACGAACCCCUCGACUGGCGAUACCUCCUCUUCUGGGGCGCCUCGGGCGUUUUGUUGGGAUGCCUCCUCCCCUGGUUUGACCAGUUUUUCAUCCCCGCCGCGAAGAAGAACGGGCCUCUGACCGGCAAACCCCUCCCGUCAUCCCCACAACAACAGCGGCAGCAGAACGAACGGGAAGGGCGACAGCAAGAGGCGGACUAUGUGCUCGUUAUCCGAUCGAUCGGCCUGUUUGUGGGGAUCGUCUUUGCCAUUAGGAAGCUGUCUUGGACGUCGACGAUGCAGGUGUCUCUGACGCUGGCGUUGAUCAACCCGUUUAUUUGGUAUCUUAUCGACCGGUCGAAGCCGGGGUUUUUGCUGAGCGCGUCUGUUGGGUUGGUGGGGACGGUGGGCAUGAUUGGGUUGGGGUUGAAGGAUGUGUUUCCGGGGUUGAUGCCCGCGCCGUCCUUUUAUCAGCAUGGGGAUGGGGGGGGGUUGGGGUCGGGGCGCAUGAGGAGGAAUGGGAGUGCAAAUGCUGGAUAUGUGGCUGGGUCGGGGGGGAUCAAGUUGGUAGGGGAGAGGGAGGUGGUUGAGACGGGGGUGUGGAUGUUGAGUGUGUUGUUUUGUAGCUGUGUUUGCUUUGGGAAUAUUGGGAGGAGGUUGGCGCUCAGUGGGGAGGGGGCUGCGAGGGGGAGAUGGGGGGGUGUUAGGUGA